AAUGAACAGCGGUGAGUUUGUGGGGGGCGCUGCCCUGCUUACUGUAUCUGGUAAGGAAAGGGUGCAAGCGAUUCAGAGAGCUACACAUCUGUGUUGGACAACUGGCCGUUGCGUCUCUGCUUUUUUCGAGAUCUAGCGGAUACAUAAGAUAACUCUUCAGUCAUGGCGGAGGCCCACCAGGCGGUGGCCUUCCAGUUCACCAUCACACCGGAGGGGGUGGACCUGCAGCUGUCCUACCAGGCUCUGGCACACAUCUACCGCUCUGGCCUGCGCUCCUGGAAGAAGAGAAUCAGCCGCAUGAGAAAUAGUGUGAUAAAGGGUGUCUAUCCUGCCAGCCCCUCCUCCUGGCUGUUCGUUGUCAUAGCGAUCCUGAGCACCUUAUACAUGCAGUCGGACCCCUCCAUGGGCCUCAUCGCUAAGAUCCAGGAGAACCUGCCACUCAGCCUGUCUCUGAGCUCCCAGGGCCAGACCAUGUUGUCUGCACUGGUCUUCAGCACGCUGCUGUGGCUCUCGCUGAUCCUAACGUUGCGUUUCUGCCUCAAGCUGCUGCUCUCCUACCACCGCUGGAUGUUCGAGCAGCACGGGCGCAUCUCCACCGCCACUAAAGUCUGGGUGCCUUUGGUCAGGCUGCUGUCUGGGAGGAAACCACUGCUGUACAGCUAUCAGACGUCUCUCCCACACCUGCCAGUCCCACCUAUCAAAGACACACUGGAGCGGUACCUGCUCUCUGUGCGUCCUAUUGUCGAUGACGAAGGGUUUGAGCGUUUGAAUAAGCUGGCUGUUGAGUUUGAAAGGAAUCUUGGAAACCGACUGCAGCGCUACCUCAAGCUCAAAGCUCUGUGGUCCACCAAUUACGUGAGCGACUGGUGGGAGGAGUAUAUUUACUUAAGGGGCCGUAACCCUAUCAUGGUGAACAGUAAUUACUAUGGCAUGGACUUCUUGUACGUGACGCCCACGCCAAUCCAGGCAGCCCGGGCAGGAAACACCAUCACUGCACUGCUGCUCUACCGCCGCAAGGUCAACCGGGAGGAGCUGAAACCUAGUAGAGUUCCAGCACCGUAAUACCCUCUAUGUGCUGCUCAGUGUGAGCGCAUGUUUAACACCACCCGGACACCAGGAGAGGAGUUCGAUGUUUCUGCGCACUGGCAGGACAGUGAGUUUGUGGCGGUGUACCACAGAGGACGCUACUUCAGACUGUGGGUGUACCGCGCGGGCCGGCUCCUGUCACCCCGAGAGAUCCAGUUCCAGAUACAGCGCAUCAUGGAUGAUCCGUCGCCACCCCUCACCGGAGAAGAGAAACUCGGGGCCCUGACAGCAGGAAACCGGGUGCCGUGGGCCCAGGUACGGAAGCAGUACUUCAGCUCGGGCUUGAACAAGCGCUCGCUAGACUGCAUCGAGAAGGCCGCCUUUUUCGUCACGCUGGACGACCAGGAGGAGGGCAUGAUGGGGGACGACCCGAAGGGCAAUCUGGACCGCUACGCCAAGUCCAUCCUGCAUGGGAAAUGCUACGACAGAUGGUUUGACAAGUCCUUGACAGUGGUGGUCUAUAAGAAUGGAAAGAAUGGACUGAACGCGGAGCACUCCUGGGCUGAUGCUCCCACCGUGGCUCACCUUUGGGAGUACGCCCUGGCCACAGAUGCCUUUCAGCUUGGCUACACCACUGAUGGAAACUGCAGAGGAGAGGUGGAACGCUCUCUGCCCCCUCCUCAGAGACUGGCCUGGGAAAUUCCAGUAGAGGUGGAGCAGCAGCAGGCGGCCUCUCUGACUGUGGCACAGGCCUUGGCUGACGACGUCGACUGCCAUGUUUUCCCCUUCCGGGAUUUUGGGAAAGGACGGAUAAAGAAGCUGAAGAUGAGUCCAGAUGGUUUCAUUCAGCUUGCCCUGCAGCUGGCCUACUACAGGAAUAGAGGUGGGUUUUGCCUGACCUACGAGGCCUCGAUGACACGGCUCUUCCGUGAGGGCCGGACGGAAACGGUGCGCUCGUGCUCUAAUGAGAGCUGUGCCUUUGUGCAAGCUCUGGAAGCAGGGGAGCCACCAGAGCAUUGCAGGAAUCUCUUCCGAUUGGCUGUUGAGAGGCACCAGAACCUGUACCGAUUGGCUAUGACCGGCUCUGGUAUCGAUCGUCACCUCUUUUGUCUGUACGUGGUGUCUAAAUACCUGGGAGUGGAGUCACCCUUCCUCAAAGAAGUCCUUUCCGAGCCUUGGCGCCUGUCUACCUCUCAGACCCCAGUCCAGCAAAUGGAGUUGUUUGAUCUGGUGAACCACCCCGAGUACAUCUCCCUGGGAGGGGGCUUUGGGCCCGUGGCUGACGAUGGAUAUGGCGUGUCCUACAUCAUCGUCGGAGACCACAUGAUCAACUUCCACGUCUCGUCCAAGCACUCCUGUUCAGAGACGGACUCCCAUGAAUUUGGAGUGCACAUUAGCCAGGCUCUGCUUGAUCUCCUGACCGUGUUCUCUACAGAACCCAAAGGAACAGCAGAGGCACCAAGAGAAGAUAAGAAACGGAUGUGAAGGGAUGGGACCACAGCUCUGAGUGUAGUGUGUGUGUGUGUGUGUGUGUGUGUGUGUGUGUGUGAAAGAAAAAGUACCUGGAGACACCGUGACGAAAGGUGACUAAAUGAACCAGGGUGAAGUACCAAGAGAAGGCUUGUCCUGUCUUGUCGGACGUGGAGAGCAGCCAGAAGCACACAGAAGCCCAUAACACUGGAGUCUGAGCUACUGUGAACUAACCGAACUCGUUUCCUGGCAUUCCACGUCUGGAUGUAAACGGAUCCAUGCCAAAGCCAAUGGUGGGGGCCACUGAAACUGGACAGUUACCGUUUUCUACCAGCUCACGGCUUGAUGAAGCGCCUCUUAAGUAGGCCUGAGUAGCUCGAGUGGGUGACAGCCUUUCUGUGUGUCUUUGUAUCCACCAGACCAGAGAGAGAGAGCGAGAGUGAGAGAGAUGAAGAAAUAAGUGAGCACAUAAUCAAUACAGUUGUUUUUUUUAUACAAUUUAUUUGGUAUUUCCAAUUUAUUUGGUAUUCCCAAUGUGUUUGUUGAUGUACAUGUGGUGACCUGGUAGAUUACCUCAGUGGGACAGAUUACACAAUACAAGUUACCCAGAUUAGAGGAUUGGGUAAAGUCAGUUGGCCUUUUGAAUUCAAAUCUGAACUCCAGUACUUAAGGGUUUCACUCAGCAGUUAUCUAGCCACUUUAGAGAUAUCGGUUUGUUAAAAUACCACCAUGGUUUCAGAUCAUUGUCUCAGUGUCUGUCUUCACAGACUGUAAGGAGAAGAGCAUAUUACACACCAGUCUAGAAGUAGCUUGAAGGAGAUGUGAAGCCAGCCACCUCCAUAUGAAUGGAUGAGCAAAGCCAGCCAUCCUCUCACUUUGAACUAAAAUGUAAAAUGUAAUUUGAGAUUUAUUCAGUGGAGUUAUUUGGAGUAGUGGAUAAACCUGUUCUGUACAACAAACCUGCAUGUCAAGAAAUAUGCCAAGUGGUUUUUCCUUUACUUAAAUUUUGAGAUUAGAUACUUUGUUUGGGCCAAUGUACUGUAUCCCUCCCCUGAAACAAACAUGUAACAUUUUUUUUAGAAAUGCAUUUUCUUUUCCAUUCUAUUUUUAAGUUUGUGGAGUGAGAUGCAUUGGUUUGUCCUGGUUGAUUGAGCAGUCUGGCUCAGUGUGGGAUACUCCCUCACAGGAAAAAACCCAGUGUUGUCACUGCUCUGGUUGACCUUCUUCUUCUUCAUACAAAUAUCCUGAACAAAAUAAAAGAAUAGUAAUUUUAAAA